GCUGGGAUGUGUUGCGCGUCAGGAAAAGUGCAACUACCUGAAAUUGAAACACCACCUGAACCAUUGAACGGCUUACUUAUCGGCACGGAUCCAGAUUCUAACGUGUUCCUGAAGUCAAUUCGAAGAUUCAAUUCAUGCUUUCAAAUGACAUCGUUCGGAGCAACAGAAAUAGUUCGAAAUACUAUUGCAAAUGGUCAACAAUUCAAUUCUACAUUCAAAAUCAGAGGCCAAGUUUAUCAUAAAAUGGGCUCACUGCUGCCAAUGCCAAACGAACCACAUAAAUUCUUACAAAUAUACUUUAUGGGCGGCGAGGAUUCCGGAAGCGCACUUGCCAAUCGCGUGAAUGCACGUUGUGAUUAUAAUAACCUUGAUUCACUUUAUGCCAGGCGCAUCGUCAGCGAGCUAGAUGCUCUUUUGAAUGAGCACAACGAGUUGUUGAAAAUAUUCAAAUCACAUAUGCACCAAUUACAAAGCGAUAAUCACGCUAUCGUCAUUAAUCCUGAUAAAACACCAGCUGGAGAGCAUAUUCUUAGAUUCAAUGCACCCGUUGUUGAUGAUGUUGCUGGAAUCAUGGUUGGCGAUUAUACAGCUGCACGAGAAAUUGUGAUUCGUAGAAGAAAUAAUAAUCUUCAGUUCAUUGCUGACACACAUCGUUCAUAUGACGCUCUCCAAUAUCCGCUAAUAUUCUGGAAAGGAUAAGACGGAUAUUGCAUAAACAUAAAACAACGAGAUCCCGUAUCAGGAGCUGAAACAAACAAGAACGUUAGCUCAAAGGAUUAUUAUGCGUACCGAUUAAUGAUUAGACGUGGCCUGGACAACGUCAUUUUACGAUGUCGUGAGCUUUGUCAACAAUUCAUGGUCGACAUGUACGCGAAGAUUGAGAGCAAACGACUACGAUACUUACGAUAUAAUCAACAAAAGCUGCGCGCGGAAGAGUACAUUCAUUUGCGAGACGCUAUCAACAACAACGCCGACGUCGCCGAAAUUGGUAACCAGGUCAUUUUACCAUCAUCGUACGUAGGCAGUCCACGUCAUAUGCAAGAAUAUAUACAGGAUGCUCUGACUUUCGUGCGCGAAUAUGGACGACCAUGUUUAUUUAUCACGUUCACAUGUAAUCCAAAAUGGCCAGAGAUUACAUCUUUGCUACUGCCUGGCCAAAAUGCAAUACAUCGUCAUGACAUUACAGCACGUGUGUUCAGACAAAAGUUGAAGUCUUUAAAAAGUUUCAUUACUAAAUCACAUGUAUUUGGUCCCACACGUUGCUGGAUGUAUUCGGUUGAGUGGCAAAAGCGAGGAUUACCUCAUGCACACAUUUUGGUUUGGUUCAUCGACAAAAUCCGUCCUGAAGAAAUCGAUAGUAUCAUUUCUGCGGAAAUUCCAGAUCCAUCCACUGACCAACUGCUGUUUGAUAUUGUUACAACAAACAUGAUUCAUGGUCCAUGUGGUACUCUUAAUAGUUCAUCGCCUUGCAUGGCUGAUUGAAAAUGUACUAAAAAUUUCCCUAAAGAUUUUACCAAUGAUACGGUCACAAAUGUCGACGGAUACCCAAUAUAUCGUCGAAGAAAUCCUGAAAAUGGCGGACAAUCAUUUAUUAAAAAUAUCAUCAACACAGACAUUGAUAUUGACAAUCGUUGGGUGGUGCCAUAUUCGCCUCUGCUGAGCAAGACAUAUAAUGCUCAUAUUAAUGUUGAGUUCUGCAGUUCUGUGAAGAGCAUCAAAUACAUUUGCAAGUAUGU